GUUAAAAGUUGGGGUUUAGACAAAUUUAUUUCAAGUAGUACAAGACACUAAGCUAAGUAAGGAAUUACAACAAUUAUGUAUAAUUAAAGGGCAAUUCUUGAUCCUACUUCCGUGCCAGCCGCAGGUAAUCCUGCAUGUAAUUACAUCAUCCACCUUUGUCAAAUUGCAAACUGUUAGGAACCUGAACCGUUGUGAAUUGUAUACGAUAUCAAACGGUUCCUCUAGAAUCGACACGUGAGUUUAUAGAGAACUCUGGGAAGACAAUUCGUAAGAUAUGUCUGAGGUUACCCAGGAUUUCAUUGAUAGUCCCGAUGUUUAUCCCCUUCCGCUCAUCCGCAGAAGGGCCUCUUCCCUAUCCAAGCCCGAUCCAUCGAUGCCCAUCCACAGCCGUGUUCCGUUUUACGAUUUGUUUGCAGACGAAAACUUACAAAAGCUUCGCAAUCGUGGAAUUCUCAUCCUCGCAGUGACGUGGAUCGGAGUGCUAGUUGGCAUGAUGUCGGUGUUUAACAUCCAUCGUUACUUGGUUCCCAGCGCUGUCUACGCUACGUGGCAGCUGUUUGUGGGGGAGGAAAACGAUUUCCCGAUGGAUGGGUACUAUAUUUGUGCCUUGAUUUUGAUCAGUGCUGUGUUCUGGGUGUGGGCGUCGGUUCAAUGGUUGGGGAUGACCUUGUUUGUGUUUACCAAGGGGAGGGGUCUGAACAAAAAGUGAGAUGCGAUCUGGGCCAGAUAUCUGGGAGCAUGCGCGAGACUGCCAGUGGUUUGUCAGUAUAUCUCAAAUAGCUUUUGCAGACAUCAU